UCUGAAAUCAGAAAAUGAAAAUCUGAUUUUUUUUGCCUACAAGGAAACGCAGUAUGUCUGGCGAUUAGUGAAGUUUUCUAAUCAGACGGGCAAUUUUUUCGAUCUACUUUGUCAAGCAGCGAAAUAUAUAUAUUUGUACACACCGCAUAUGCCUACAACCUACAACUCCUUUCCUAUAUAAAUGAUGGAUUAAAAAAGAUUACCGGAGACAAUGUCGAAUGAUGAAAACAAAUGUGACAAAAUCCAACCGAGUACCAUAUCGAAAAAUAAGAGCGUAGCAAUUGAAAAUGUCGUUGCACCAGAAGUAAAAAUACUAAACCGAGGUGAUCUGUUGGGUGCAAUAAACUGUCUUUUCCCCGAAUUACAGUUGAAAAGUGGUCACAUAAAGCUCAAAGAGAAAUUUUCACUGUUCAGCUAUUCCCUACAUGAGUUAACAGCUAUAUUCGAAUCUGGUCGAAUAUAUCGAUCAAGAACUGACAGAAAUAUAAAAUAUUCAAUUGCAAACCAGUCUUUGCGUCCGUCCCAAGCUGAGACUAAUCGAAUCAAUUUAAAGCGUUACAGUGUCACAGAGAAUAUGGUAACUGCAUCAAAGUCUUGGAAAAGCAAAGCACAAAAGAAACAGCAUAAUUAUGAAACCGGACAAGCGAAGAGGUGUCAUCAGGCCCCAUCAUUUCAAUCGAGUUACAUCGACUUUCUAACCAAAUUUCUAGAGUCACAUUUCCCAGAUCGAUUCGUUGACUUUAAAAACAUUGAAUGCGUAAUAUUCGAACUAAGCAAUUUAUUCAAAGAAAUGUCUAAAGACUGUAAAAUAGCACCAUUCAAUCCUAAUCUACCUGUGCUGAAUAUCAGUGAAUGCGACAAGGUUGUGCGAAUGAGCAGCAAACCGAAUGAUAUUUUCAAAACAUCGGCUAGCCCUAAACGUAUUUGCAGCAAAAGGAAGUCAAGAUCACGCACCCAAAUUGAAUUUAAAGGUAGGCGAAAAAAAUCCAUUGUCAAAAAAAGUCAAUGCACUCAAUCCACAAGACAAUCCAAAAUUAAAUUGCCAGAAGAUGAUGACGAUGAAAAUGUUAAAGAAAUGGAACGAAGCAUAGACGAUUUGUUGAGUGACGAUACAUUUUCGCCGCGUUAUAAAGCGAAGCAUACAUCCGACAUGCUCGUGAUCUUUCGAAAAUCCCCCAAAAAAAGAAAUUCGACCGAUUUCAAAACAUUGGAAAAGGAAGCUAUCGAACAAUACGAAAGCAUUGAUGAUGCUCUUGAUAUGGACUUUAAUCUUUUGGAAAUAAAAUCAAAUUUAAAGUAAAAAUUUAUGACAAAAAUGCUGGUGCCACAAAGAUGAUUGGAUUGAUCUCCAUCUCCACUUUUGUAAUCAUUAGACAUUAUUUCUUUGAAUAUUAACCAGGUGUAGAAGAGGCAAUAAGUAUGUAGCAUGUGCAUUGACAACUAUAGCAGACUUCCAAGAUCACUC